AUGACAGGGUCAGGCGCUAUGAGGCUCAGGCAUCCGAAUGAGAACACGUUGCCACCUAUCAGACAACUAGGACUUCCGGAACAUUGCUUCAGGCCGCUCGAGACAAAGGUGUUGGCCUACAGAGACCGAAACGUCUUCCCUCAUUCUCCAGCGCAGAGUGAUGAGUCUGACUCGCCGACGAUGUCGACAGAGUCUACUGUACGCCAACGACCCAGAACUGUCAAGCGAAGGUCUCAAGCAGUCGUGUCAGGAGUCGACCAUCCAUCAAAACGAUCCUGCUCAGUGUCCACUUCCACCACGGAUGACAAUGAGGAUUCGACCGACACAAGAUCUCACCACAAUUCAGCCCCUCAAAGACCUGCUCCCAAGGUCAUCAAGGAGCGCGAAAACAGGGACCGCACGGCGGAGAUGUUGUACUGCGUCGAGGACGCUUCUCGCUGGCUCUUCGAACUGGAUAUGAUACCCGCGGAACACGCCAAGGCGCAGACAGCUAGCAACGGAUGCAAUUCUGGCUUACCGUAUGACAAGAAGACGAUCACGCAUUUCGUCUUGGCGGAUUGGAUCAGUGACCGCGUUGCCGAGCUCGAAGCUGCCGAAGAGCUUGAUGCAAUCGACGAGCUACGUACUGGUCGACCCACGACAGCACAUGUAGACGCUUGCAAGGACAGCAAGCGCGCCACUUUCCAGGCUCUGGCUCAUGAUGAUGAUGUGUACACCAAUACCGUCUUCGCCAUUGACGACCCAAGCGAUCGUUGCAGUCGCGGUCCUAAGAAGAGAUCUUGCGCGACCCAUCCGGGUUCUCCAGAUGCCAGAGACUGGCGAGAUUGCCGGUAUAAGCGUGUGGUCUCCCGAGUGACUGCGAGACAUGAGGCUGGCGUAGCCAAGAUGCGUGCUCGUAUGGGACUGAGCCAAAGGGUUGGUAGUUGA